AUGGGCUGUGACCGUGCGCAAGGAACGCGUCUGCUGCUGUUGCUCUGGGUUGCGGCGAACGGCUGGCAUAUUUCUUGCUCAGCUGCCAAGGAUGAUCCGAAGGCGCAGGAGCUCAUGGAUGCUAUUAACACGGGCUACCAGCCAGCGCUGACUAGCUGGAACGACGCCAUCUUGAAUGACACCCUUUCGAACCUUAAACUGGCGCGCAUUCUCUGGUCGUCAAAGGAGCCCCGGUUCCAGUUCACCGUCUUCACGCAGCUCACGAUCAACCGCCUGCCCACGCUCUUCAACAUGUGCACCACGUUCACCGGGCCCCUCAGCGCCGCCGUCUUUGUGGCGCUGGUGCAGCAGCCCGACGUGCCCAGCCACCGUCAGAGGCUCAAUACAGGGGGCCCUGCUGGCGGUGGCGAUGAGCAGGCGGCGGCGGCCACAUCCCGGGUGGUGGUGGACCAGCUGUCCGCACCCAAUGCAGCGGCGCUGCAGGAAGCCGUACAGCUGGUGCAGUCCUUUCACGACAGGGUGGACUCUCGCCCGGACAUGUGUCAGCUGGAUCUGAUGCUGUUUUACGAGCUGUACGACUCGGAUCAGUCCAAGCUGCUCUAUCCAGUCAACUACCUGCGGAACUAUGCCCGCAUGCAGGUACGGACCCGGCUGCUAGCCAUGAUUGAUGUGGACAUGUACGUCAGUCGUACGUUAUCGGAGGAGAUGGCCAGGGAGGGCAGAAUUGCCCACUACGAGAGCCUGUGUGCGGAGCGGCGGGCCACAGUGCUGCCGGCCUUUGAGCCCACCCGUCCGGGGGACAAGGGCCGGGGGAUGGCCUUGAAGAUAACCCAAGUCACUAAGUCGGAGCUGGCGUCCAUGCACGGCCGCAACAAGGAGGCCAUUCAGUUCAAGCUGAGGGUAUUUCCACGAGGUCACACACCUACGGACUACGUGCGCUGGUUCACGGAGUCGCAGCCGUACCCGGUGUCGUACAAGCGAUUCUACGAGCCCUGGUUUAUAACAUGUGACGAGGUCAUGCCAUGGUACGACGUUGACUUUCGUGGGUACGGCAUGAAUAAGAUUGUCCUGAUCGCUUCGCUCAACUACUACAACUACACGUUUUGGAUCCAUCCCAACGCCUGGCUCGUCCAUAACCCGCACGGCGACACGGAAGUCCGCAAGCUCGUGGCCCGGGAGGCGUCUGACGUGAAUAAGUUCAAGGCCAAGUUGCCGCCGAACGCGCUGUACCGCAAGCUCACGUUGCUGUUUGGCAAGGCCAAGCGCGGCAUGAUGCGCGGCACAUAUGACCCACGGGUCGAUCCACGCAUGAUGGCAGUGUACGGCAAGGUCUCAUGGCUGCGGCCGCCGCCACAGCUUAAAGGCAUACCGACACCCGAGUCGGUCUUCAUUUAG